ACAGACAACCUAUCACAACAAGUUUGUGUUAUUACCAAUGCGAAAGAAGCUGUUGCACAAGUAGGUUCUCUCCUUCAUGAAUCUCUGAAAAGCCAAAUAAAAGUUGAAGCUAUAUCAGUAUCUUCAAGUGAAAAUGAUAGCCAUCUACAAAACAUCUUUUCAGGACAGUGCUACAAUUUUGUUUGCUUAAAUGAUAAAAAGUAUGCCAUUCAAGAUUUUCACCAACUAGUGGAUAUGUUGGAAAAAUCAAAUAUUCCUCUCUUAUAUCCAGUUGUCCUUAUUUUGGUGUACUUGGAUGUUUCAGAAAAUAUUUCUUUCAGCAUUGGGAUGGAAGAACUAACUAAGGUCAAGAAAUUUUCAAGGGAAGUUAAAAAUAAAAAUAUUUUGGUUUAUGGUCUUCUUAUCCAAUAUAAGGACCAUUUGCUGCUUCAAGACACAGUAAAUUCUGCUGCUGCUCUUAUCAUGGCAUUAAUAAAGGACAGAAACCCGGAGCUGAUUGGGCAGCUGUUGGUAGCAUAA